UAUGUAUUUCCAAUCUUUAGCUAAUAUUUUAUAGCUUAAUAAUGGCAAUACAUACAUUAGUAGCUUAGCUUUUUCUAUUUCCAAGUCGCGAUUUAUAACUUACGCGAUAAGUACGGCUUUCGUAUGUCAAUUGUAAAAUCAAGUUUAAGAUUUAGAGGUUUUCACUUUUCGAUAUUUAAUGCGAACAACACGCCGGUAUUGGUCAAACCGUCAAAAUUCAAACAUGAAAAAGACAUUUCUUUGACUUGAGUCAAUUGUCAGAGUUUCUCUGUUAAUGUUUACAUAGGAGAAAAAAAUGCACUAUGGAGUAUUAAAUAUCGAUCAGCAAAUAACUGUUGAGUAUUAUUAAUUGAAACAUAGCUGUUGCUGCUUCACUCUUGAGAGUUCGAGAAGGAAUUACCUUGUGAUUUCAACAGUUUUUUUAACAAUUAAUAUAUGAGAUAUAAUAAUUCUGCUAUGGCCAAUAUUGAAGAUAUAAACGCGCGUCAAUAUAUCGAAUAUGCUCGGCAACUUACAAUAAAUGAAUCUUAUACUAAAGCUUUUGAUAUGUAUUUGAUUGCUUUUGAAAAGUUUCCAGCUCUGAAGGAGCUCUACGAAGAUGAAUUUCGUUUAGUUAUCAACAAAUUAAAUGAUGUAUUAGUAUGCGCUGACAAAAUACACGAUAUAUUUUCAAAUUUUUCGCGUGCUAUAUCUCUAUUUUCAGGAAAUGUGUACCUGUUGAAUGAACUAGGAAAGUAUCUUUACAAGUUUGGUUACUAUUCUGAUGCAUGGCUUCAGUUUCAUAGAGCUUUAAAAGUUGAUGCGGGUUUUGUUAAUGCAGAAAAGAAUUUAAAUUCUGUAAAAAAUUUGCUUGUUGAAAGAUGGCACUUCCGAAUGUUAAAUGAUGUUAUACGAAAUGAUACUUACAGGGCAGCAAUACAUGAUGUUAUAAGACCAACAGAGGACAGUAUAUUGGAUAUCGGUUGUGGUACUGGCCUGCUUUCUCUAUAUGCAAAUGAAUGUAAUCCAAAAACCAUAGCAGCAUGUGACAGCUCUGAAGUAAUGGCUAAUAUAGCUAAUACAGUUUUUAAUGAUAAUGCUCUAGAUCAGUUGAUAAUUCUCAAUAAAAAUUCGACAGUGUUACAUGAUACUGAUAUUGGUGGCAAAUGCAGUGUCCUUAUCACAGAGUUAUUCGAUGCUGGGCUCUUUGGAGAACAUAUUUUAACAACUCUACAUCAUGCAUGGAAAAAUCUGCUAUUUGAAAAUGCAAAAGUUUUACCAUCUUCUGCUGAGUUUUUUGUUAUCGGUGUUCAAUGCAAUGAGCUUAUUAACAAAUACCAACUUUGUAAAGCUACUAAGGAUAUCUUGAAUGUUCCCUUCUUAAAUACACAUAUUUUACUUAAUGAUGAAUCUUAUGACUGUGAAGAUAUACAGUCUUACAAAACAUUGAAAUAUAUAACAGAGCCAAAAUCUGUUACAACUAUUGACUUUAAUGAUAUUAACAACAUAGAAGAUAAGUUAAAUAAUUCAGAGCCAACCAUUGUGCAAAUGACUGUCACACAAGAUGGAGAGGUAAACAGUUUUAUUGGAUGGUUUAACUUAAAUUUGACGCAAAAAUAUAAAUUGUCUACAGAUCCACAAUCACCCACAAGAGCGAAAGCUUGGCAAAAUGCAAUAUUCUUUGAUAAAAUACCUCAAAGAGUAAAAAAAGACGAGAGGUUUGUAUGUAAAUUUUCUUCACAGUCUGGGAAAAUGACUCUGCUUCCUGAAUCAAAUAAAAUGAUUACUAGGGUUUCACCAGAAGUGAUUAGAUUUUUAAAUGAUUUGGAAUACUUAAAAAAAAUUAGUAGCUGUUUGGGUCUAGCUUGUGUAUAUUUAGGACAAAUGACAGAAAUGUCUGAUAUGAGCAUAGUAGAUUUGUGCCCAUUCCCAUUUUUUGGGAUGCAGAUGCUCAAAAGAGGGAUUAAAUCUAUUGUUUGCUGUGCAAAAACUGAAUUUGAUAAAAGUUUUAUGGAUGAAGUUUUUAAAGCUAAUGACAUUGAUCUGUCAAAAAUAUCAUAUUUGAUUGGUGAUAGCUGGAAUCAAGACAGUUUUGGUGUCGAAAAAUAUCAUGCAGUCUUUUGUAAUAUGCUUGAAGUUGGUGGAGAUAUUGAUUUACGCUAUAAAGAUGUUGGUCUAUAUUUAAAGCAGACAAGGCUUUUGCCAGGAGGGCUCUUCUUACCAACUAAAAUUUCACUUAUUGCUCAGAUAGCUCGAUGUGAUUCUUUAGAUACUAAUAACCGACUGUAUGAUAAGAAUAUUAGUGAUUUUAAGAUUGCUCAGCAUUUGAAUAGAUACCAGGCUUCACAGAACUUUUGCCUUGAUUAUUCUCUUUUAGACUUUAUACCUCUUUCAGCACCAACUGAUUUAGGAGGGUGCAUGAAUAUGGCAUCUGAUGUAAUUAAUGUUGCCAUUAAAAAAACUGAAAAUGCAAACUGUAUACUUUGCUGGUAUAACAUAGAAUUGAUGGAGAGCUUAGGAGAGAUUUCUACAAAAAGGCCAAACUGCUUUAUUGAUGGUACAGCAUUUUUAGCAGAUCCUCAUAUUUUUAUGAGGCAGGGGGAUAUUGCAAAUAUUUUACACUGUGUAGAUUCUGAUGGAUCAUUUAAAUUGAUGCUGGAUGUUGAAGCCACAUAGACUAAACAGGAUUUAAAUUUGGAAAACGAUUUACAUACAUAACAUACAUUAUCAUAUAUACUAUUAUAUAUCUGAUAUGAUAUUGUUUUUAUUACUGAAGUAUUGAAAAUGUUGUUGGCGAUGUUUUUAUCUUUCCUCACAGGUCUAAUUUGACAUGUGAGUGACCAGUUAACUGAUCUCACUAUAAAAAAAUAUUUAAAUUACUGUAUCAAGAAAAUUAUAAAACUUGUGAUGUAGAUGAUGUAAAAAGAAUAUAUAUUUCUUUUAAUAAUUUAUUUCAUUGUAGCAUGUUAUCAUAUUUGU